CCGGGUGGUUCGCUCGGAUUGUGGGUGGGUGGCAGACCCCAUGAUGGCGACGGAGAAGGGGCCGGGACGUGUCACGCCGCCCGGUUCUCCGACACUUCUGGAUGCUCUGCUCCAGAACCUCUAUGACUUUGGAGAGACAGCAGAUGAAACAGAACAGAAGAGAAUCAGAAAGAAAAGGGAAAACAAGAAGACAGAUGUGGGGGCAUCAGUGGCCUUGGCAGCAGAGCCAGCUCCCUUACCUGGUUCUCUCACAACAGGCCAGAGGAAGAGUGCCUCCAGCUUCUUCAAGGAACUCAGAGAAGAGCUGCACUGUGCUCCUGCUGGCACCCCCAUAGAUCCCCCUUCAGGACCAGAAGUCCCUGCUGCUGCAGUACCUGCCUCUUCCCUAAAGAACAACAGGGAACGAAUAGAAGUGGUAGAAUUUCACAGCAGCAAUAAAAAAAGAAAACUGAAGCCAGAUCAAGAAGAGAGCAUGAAGACUGAAACUAGUGUUUUUAAGAAAGAUGUGGAUAUACAAGAAUUUAACCUAGAAAAGGCUCGCCUGGAAGUACACCGGUUUGGGAUCACGGGUUACGGAAAAGGAAAGGAAAGAGUCCUGGAACAGGAACGCGCCAUUAUGCUGGGAGCUAAGCCUCCCAAAAACAGUUAUGUGAAUUACAAGGUUUUACAGGAGCAAAUCAAAGAAAAAAAGGCAGCAAAGGAAGAAGAAAAGAGAAUGGCCCAGGAAACAGAUAUUUUCAAGAAAAAGAAGAGGAAAGGGCAGGAAGAGAGGAAAUCCAAAAAGAAGAAGUCAGCUCCCAGUAUUUUGUCAAGUAGACGGGUCGGACAGGUUGGAAAAUUCAAAAAUGGGACAUUGAUUCUGAGCUCAGUUGAUAUCAAGAAAAUAAAUUCUUCCAGAGUGGUUAAGUGAAGUACUUUAUCAGGUAACAAGAGGAAUGAGAGCAACUGAGUCAACUAUCCUGAAACUGGACCCCUGCAAGACUUCUAGAUGAUUCUUAUUUCAUGUUUCACAGACUGCUUUUUCAUUUGGGGGAGAAAAGUCAAUCAAAUAACAUUAUGAGUCGCUGAAGUAUCUAUCCUACGGUGCUCAACACGUUGGGCCAAGUGUAGCGUGAAUAUGAAGCGAACUUACUAAAAAGCAUCUUUAAUAUUUUCCAGCAAGCGUCAUUUCAGUUUUGUGCUCGCUGGUAUUUGGUGCAUUUGGUCGUAAUAACAAUUUUUCAUAAUUUUAUUCUUUUGUAAAUGCUAGUAAUUUACAUUAAAUUGCCUUUUAAUAUUUUUAAUGGUUUAGUGUCAGGAGACCAUGAAAGAACCAAGAAUCUGGUAAUUUAUCAUUUGUUUUGUGGAAAAGUAGUUUUGAUUUUCGGCCAACCGUGUGUAUAAAAUCUACUUAAUAAGAAGUUACAUAAAUAAAAUACAACUUUUGUAGUAUAUAUGACUGUGACUUAAAUAACACAACAGGGGGGUUUAACUGGGAUCUUCUUACCUAUGUUCAAGCA